UCCGCGUGGCGAGCGCGCCGAGCGGGGUAUGAUGAAGCCUGGCCGAGCCGCGGUGCUCGCAAUGUGUACGUAGAGUGGCGCCGGGCGCGAGUGACGGGAAACCGGCAAAGUGCAGUGUCCGCGUGUGCGGAAAACUAAUCUUCACGUUGUGGUUCACUUGUACUACUUUUCACGUACCUAGUAGUUGGAUUAAGCUCGGUGUGUAAAUGGAGCCACAUGUGUUUCGCAAACGGAGGUUGGUGCACAACUGAUCGCUUUGCUGCUACCCGUAGAUUCUUUUUUUUUUAUAUUUGUGCCUAGCACAAGUAGAUGCUUCAUCUGUUGAGAAAGCUCACUGAAUAAGUCUGUAAAUGUACUUGUGUUUCAGGUGUUGUGUUGUGUGUUCGUUUAUGUAAACACGCGGUUGUUUGUAUGGUGUAUUGUCUCUGCUGUUGUUUAUUUCGCGAUACGGCUACGUGCCGUCGGCAGCUGUUUGCACACCAGACAGGCUUUUGUUUACAGAGGAGCCGUUGAGGAAGGAUUUUGACAGGAUUUCGGCGGUGAUCUCUUCGUCACUCAGUGGAUUCUGUAGUGUUCGACAGCUUAGUGAAUAUUUUGUUUUUACAAGAAAAUUUGUGAGUGUGGUACACUGAAGGAGGAGGAGAAGGAAAAAUUGUGCCACAGCCUUCGACGGAAAGUCACGAGAAAGAAGAUAGGAGGAAUGGAAUGCUAGAGGACUACUAGCCCUUUGUCAUCGAUCACGCAGCGGUGGAGUCGGGAACACAAGGCAGAUUUCCACCGACCACGUAUUUGCGAGAGCUGCACAGGGGGCUAAGAUGUCGGAGGAGGUCGGGCCGCGCGGGCCUGGGCUGCGCUCACUCGACGGCUCGCCGGCGGACGCGUGCUGCGCAUGGCUGCCCCAAUGAGAGACAACCCGCUCGACGGCGGCCACCGAGCUAAGGUGGCAGACCCCCGGUCAGCAGCGCAGCAGCAGGCGGCCAAGGCGGCCGAUCAGGCGGCCAACAACUUCGAGUACGACGAUAAUGAAUGGGACAUCGGCAUCGGCGACCUUAUCAUAGACUUGGAUGCCGAUAUAGAGAAGACGAACGAGAAGGGGGCGGCAGGGGCGGCGUCGGCGGUGGGGGGCGGCACCGGAACCGGGGGCGGCAUGUCCGCUGCGGCGACGGCAGGAUCGCAGGCGGCACAGGCUGGCGGCGGAGGAGGCGGUGGCGGCGCGGCCGCGGCCGGCAAGGGCGCCAAGAUGGCUGUCGAGCACUCGGCCACGGUCGACAAGGGGCUGAAGAUGAAGAUUAAGAGGACCAAGCCGGGCACCAAGACGUCGGAGGCCAAGCACGAGAUCGUCAAGCCCGGCGAGCAGAACGGCGGAGAGGCCAGCGACGGUACGGGAAGCACCAACGGCGCCGCUACCCCCGGGGGCGGCGCGGGAGGCGGGGGCGGCGGCAGCAGCAAGAAGGCCGCCCAGGGUCAGCAGACCGGCGGUGGCGCCGGCGGAGGCGGAGGCGGCGGGGGCGGCGGCAGCAAGCGCGGCUCCAGUGGCCACCGGCGCGACAAGGCGCGCGACAAGCACGGCGGCGGGGGCGGCGCCGAUAAGGGCAGUAAAGCCCAGCAGCAGCAGGCGGCACCUCCCCCGGCGUCGGCGCCGUCGCCCGCGCCGCCCCCGCAGCAGCAGCAGCAACAGCAGCAGCAAGCUGCGCCGCAGCAGCCGGAGCUGAACGGCUCGGUGCGGUCCCCGGCUGGUCCGGCGACCGCUGGCCUUCCGCCCCCGACGCUGGCGCAGCAGCCGCCGCAGCCGCCCCCGCAGCAGCAAGCGCCGCCCCCGCCGCCGCCGCAGCAGCAGCCGUCCCCACAGCCGCCGCCGCAGCAGCAGGCGACGCCGCCCCCGCAGCCGGCACAGCAGGCGCCCUCGUCCGCGGCGACGCGUGUCGUGUUCCCCGGCCCCGGGCCCGGUCCCCCGCUGCUCGCCGCCGCCCCCGGUCCGCCCCCGCCCUCGUCGCCAGCGCCGGUAAUGCUGGCGCCCACCCUCACCCCCGUGAAGAGUGGCUCGCCGCCCGUCCACGACGGUAUCGAUGACUGCUCGUCACCGCCUCCGGCCAAGAAGCUCAAGACUGAGCCCAAGGACAUGUUGGAUGUGUGUGUCGGUACGAGUGUGGGCACCAUCACAGAGCCAGAUUGCCUGGGACCGUGUGAGCCAGGCACCAGUGUCACACUCGAAGGAAUUGUGUGGCAUGAGACAGAGGGUGGUGUUCUUGUCGUCAAUGUGACGUGGCGAGGCAAGACUUACGUUGGCACACUGUUAGACUGUACGCGGCAUGAUUGGGCACCUCCAAGGUUUUGUGAUUCACCAACAAGUGACCUGGAUGCGAGGACGCCCAAAGGAAGAGGGAAGAGGGGACGAGCUGCAGCAAGUACAACCCCAGGAGGAGAUUUGAGCAACUUCACAGAAACCCGGUCAUCUGUACAUAGUAAAUUAAGAAAUGGUGGUGCCAAAGGGAGACGAGGA